GUCAAAAUGUUAAGUGAGAUGAAUCCUCAAUGAAACUGAUUGUUUAUAAAACUAAUUAAUGAUAAGUGAUAACAUUCCUAUUAAGAUUAUUUUAUAAUAAUACGACUGAUCUUUAAUAAGAUUUUUCUGCAAAUCAUAAACGUAAAUAGUAUACUAUUGUAGACUAUAAAAAUGUGCAAUAUCAGUUUCAUUAAAAAUAUGUACGAAAUUUUUGUGCUGUUAUUGUUGUUUUUGACUUGUAUUUUUGCAAGAAGGUUUCCUGAAGAAGAUUACGCAGGCUACUUUGAUAGCCAGUAUGCUAAAACCAAAACCGCCCUGGAAAAGUUAGAACACGCUCCUCAAUGGGUUCCGAACUGGCCAGAUUCAGCUAUAAAAAUGGGUCAGGUAUCUGGAGUAGCAUUAGAUCCGUCAGGGCUACUCCUUGUCUUCCACCGAGCAACCAAUGCUUGGGACCUCAAUACAUUUACGGAUAGAGAUGUGUACCAGGGCAUUGGUGAUCCUCCUAUAGCUGAGCCAACAAUACUUGUAUUUAAUGAAACAGGAGAAUUAUUCGACUCAUGGGGACAAAACCUUUUCUACAUUCCUCAUGGCAUCACAGUUGACAACAAGGGCAAUGUUUGGGUGACAGAUGUAGCUCUACAUCAGGUGUUUAAGUUCACACCCGAAAAUCGAAUUAAACCAGCUAUGAUGCUUGGCGAAAAGUUUAUACCAGGAGAUGACGAUGAACAUUUCUGUAAGCCAAGUGCAGUGGCUGUUCUUUCAUCUGGUGACUUCUUUGUAGCUGAUGGAUACUGUAAUACACGGAUCGUUAAGUUUGCUGCUGAUGGAACUAAGAUACUGCAGUGGGGGAAACGGUUCGGCGGCGGUCCGUUCGUGCUGAAGGUGCCGCACGCGCUGGCGCUUGCGGAGGACCGCGGCGAACUGUGCGCAGCCGACCGCGAGCACGGCCGGCUGGCGUGCUUCCGGGCCGACUCCGGCGCCUUCACCGUCGCCUUCAGGCACUGGCUCGUGGGACCCAGGCUCUUCAGCCUCGCUUACGCGCCCGUGCACGGUGGUCGCCUGUACAUCGUGAACGGUCCGGCGCUGGGAGGCGGCGUGCCGGUGCGCGGCUACACCAUCGACUAUACGUCGGGGAAACUCAUACAAACCUUCGCCCCGGACGAUGGGUUCAGUAACCCGCACGACAUUGCGGUGACGGCAGACGGCAGUGCCGUGUACGUGGCGGAGCUGAACCCGCCGCGCGUCGUGCGCUUCGGAAGUGCACCCACCACGGCCGGCGCGACCGUCACCGAUGACGCACGCGUCGCUUCGGGCGCUGCUUCCGCUGUCGCGUCGAGCAACGUGACACACGUCACGGCGACCGCUACCGCCAUUGACGAGGGCGCGUGGGGCGCGUGGGGCGCGUGGGGCGCGUGGGGCGCGGGGGGCGCGGGCGGCGCGCUGGCCGCGCUGGGCGCCGCGCUGCUGCUGGCGCUGUGCCGCGCGCGCUCCCGCGGUAAGCACGCGCGCGAGCCGCUGCUCUCGUAGGCCCCACACCGCUCCAUCUACUUCCACAGCGAAAGCUAUUUGAACAGUUUCAUAGUAGUAUUGAAGCACCAAAAUCCAAUAUAAUCUUGAAAAUAUUGCUCAAUUCGAGUUCUAUUCAUUUAUUUAUUAUACUUGCGUCAGAAGACAUGAGUUUGAUUGAUGCAAUAUUAAUAAGCAAAUUACUAAUAUUUAAUCAAUAUGUUAAUUGAACGAGUAGAGCGUGUCAAUUUUCAAUAAAAAGUUCUUCAACUAAUAUAAAAUCUACUAUAACACUUGAACAUAAGUGACACGAGACACCACCCAUUGAAAUAUCAACUUGCUAGAUUACAUCAAAUGAAUCUUAAUUAUUUUAUGUUAUAAAUGACAUGAAUCACAAAGUUAUGUAUGCCCUAUUACAGUCGUAGUAGGAGUAAAGGUUAACAAACCGUAGAUUUACAAAUUGCAUGCGAUUUUCUAAUUGUUCUGCUGUAUUACGCACUAUAAACAGUUCUUGAUUAAUUUACUUUUAUUUAUAAUACAAAACUAUUCCACUGAACUAGUUAUAACCAGUUAAACUUUCGAAAUUCUGACUACAACUUCACGGACACUGAAAUCGCCAUUUUUUGCGAAUCCAUAAUGAAUAUCAUUGUUUAUUCAAGUUCAAGAUUAUUCAAGAUCUCGACCAAUCGGUAACCAAUUAUGUCGGUGUCAAAGUUGUUUAUUUGGGCUUACUCUUGUGGUUAGAAUAGGCUAUAAGUAAUAAUUUUUUUCUAUUAGUUAUUAAAGUGGAUUUUAAAAAAAAAGUUGGUCUAAGGUUACAAAUUGUAAUUAUUUUAUAUAAAUCAGCAGUCAUGUGUGAUAUUUAAAAAUAAGACUGUUAAUUUGUUUAUAUUUAAAACAAAAAAAAAAUCCCUUAGCAAAUUUUUAGUUAGUUACAA